UUGAGUCAGGUUCUCCAAUCUCUAGUCAACAGAGUGCGAAAGUGUUAGACAGAAUUGUUUUAACCUUUGACUUACUAUGAGCUGUUCCGUGCUUUACAUGUAUUUGUUCGUCUGCUUGGAAUCGUAGUCUGCUAGUGAAAGACGAUCCAAAAAACUUUGGUUGAAAAAUGACAAAUUGCUCAGUGAUGACUCGGAUUUUCCUGGUUAAUUUUGCAAGGGCAAGACAAGCAAAAGUGAUCUCCGAAUUUGCUGGCCGUGUGCUGUGGCCGGUAUUAAGGCGAGAUGUCCACCGUCUUUCGGAUAUCUUACGAUGUCAACCAUUAGUGACAAAGUUACAACACAACCCAUGUGCUUCCCAGAGAGCCUUAAAACAUACUUCUAAAUUUUCUCGUGGCAAAGGAGGGAAACAACAAUCAGUCGAUGAAAAUGACGAAGAGGAUGAAGAUUCGACAACAGACAUUACCGACCUGGAUCCAGGAAUUCUUUCUGACGUGGAUGGCAAGGAUGUUAAAAUAGUGAAGAAAAAACUCAAUUCCUUGAGACUUGAUACCCUUCUGAAAGCAGGACUUGGAACUGCCAAAAAUAAAAUAGACAUAGCCUUCUAUGAAAGCAAAAUUCGGGUAAAUGGUGAGAAACUUCUUAAGAAGAGUAAACGGAUGGAACCUGGAGAUGAGAUUGAUUUGAUAAAAGGCCCUAAUGUAAUAAACCCCGCAUUUCUUGACGUUGGGCGUGUUGUUAUAUUAAGGGCGGAUUACGCGUCUGACUUGGAAAAGGUCGCAGUUGUGCUGAAACGCUACCGAUUGCUCACUAUUGAAAAUUAUCCAAAUCCUUAUAAAACAACCACCUCUUAGUAAAGUAUAUCGAAAUUGUAUUUAAUUUGAUACAGUAAAUAUAAUUAGAUUAUUCAAAAUGAAA